CAGGGGAGAGCAGCCCGGGAGGAGACAGGCGCGAGCCAAUCCUAGAGGAGGAAGGAAACAGCGCGCAAUUUAAAUCCGCAGGCGAUUGAUGAUUCACCGGGCAGCAGUCGGUGCAAGUGGGGCCGGGCUGGGAGCGGCGGCUUUGUCUGAUCCCCUUUGAACCAAGACUACUCCAAGAAGCGAAGAGUGAUGGCAUCUGUGUUCCAAAGUGUUGGGGCUACAACUGGCUGGAGGAGCCACCAGCUACUGGCUGACUUUGAAAAUGAGAGUCCAGUGCCUGACAAAUUUAGAAAGAAGCCUUCUUCAAGCUCUCUCAAUACCCUUCGCAUGUCUCUGAGAAAGCGAAUGCCCUUAAAGCAAGUGGAGAUGAACCUCAGUGAGAAUCCAACUUGGGAAAGUCUGGAAGCGAAAGAGAAGCGACAAACCUUCCGGGCUAUCACAAGAACAGCAAAAAAUGCUUUUGGAACAGUGUCCCAGAAAAUACAGAAGUCCUGCCAAAACCACACGCAAUCGCUAAUCAUCUCUCCAGCUAAAGCCCCUGCAAGGAGAAAUGGCAUCACUUGCUCUGCCAAGAAGAGAAGCACUUCACCUCGAACUCCUAGUCGGAAGAAUAGGCUGGCCACAAUGCCCACCCCAUUGUCUGGUCCCACUUGCACCCCCGGGUCCAGCAGGAGAGCCUCUCUUUCAUCCAGAUCUGCAAAGAGCUUGGUGGGGAAAGAAUGGAGGAGUUUCUCUUACUGGCUUGGAAAAGAAGCUGUCCCUCUCCGGAGAUCAAGGAGAGCAGCAGCUCUAAAGAGCCCAUAUUCAUCACCUAUGCCUGCCAGCAGAAAGAGAGAGUUUGACUGCGAGUUAGAAUCAGUCUCUAUGGGAAUUCGCCGGCUGAAACGUCUUUCUCAGGUGUUCGAUGAUGUCAUUGUGAGAGAGGAGAGAGAACAAGCGAUAUCCCAUUAUCAGCAUCUAAUGGCACAAAACUUGCGAUCUGUGCAUCGGUCUCGGAAACUCUCCCAAUCUGCUUUCAGACGGCGUGCGAGGAGGCUGCAGCAUGCAGUUGGCACUUGGACUGAGAUGGCUUUAAACAGUAUUAACAACGUGUGAGCAAAUGAAGGAUUAACUAUCUAUGGGAGUUGGAGGGGUGUAUUGUCUGUUUGGAUUUAAGUGACUGUGCUUUGAAUAAGCCAUUAACCAUUUUUAGAAUACUACCUUUCAAUUCAGCUCUGGUUUAGCCUUCCAUGGAUUUCUCCUGCCAAUGGUGCAGGGAUUAUAUUAAAGUAUAUCACAUGACCACCCCCAUGGUAUUGCCCAGCAAUGGAACAGUAAACUGAACUCACUUAACCAGCACUUUCAAAUGGGACAGGCAUGGUCCAGUGUUUUGAACUUUAGGGCUGAGCUAAUUACUACUGAAUGAUUUUAAGGGAAGACAAUAGUAUCAGUGUCUGACUCCUGAUCUGUGACAUUGGGGAUACUUGCUUCCUAUACCUCCCUCAUGAGAUGUUGAGGACUUUAAGUUUCUACAGAGCUUUGGAAACUAAAAAAGCACCAAUGCCUAUGCUUUUCCAAAGUGCAUGAAUUUCAUUGAAUUUCAAUGGGAUUUAGUGGCCUUAAGUGCUUCUGAAGACUUUAUGCUAUGUGCCAAAACCAUAGUCUACAAAAUGGUGUCUGGCUGUGAUUUCAGUUACUGUGGGUUGACAUG